AUGGCCAUUGAUCCCUACUACCAUCCCGCUUGCACAUCGUUUACGCACCAUAAUCAAAUGCCAACAGACUGGGGCACGCAACUUCAUGGACCCUUGUGGGUCACACAAGAUACGAACACGAACAUACCCACAUCAUCUUCACAUGACAGUCACACAAUGGUGCAUUGGGGACAUGAUAACAGUGUUGUUGGUGAUCACAACCACAACACCAUCAACAAUGUCGGCGGCAAUCAGAUAGUCAAGAAAGUAAAUGGAUUCGAUCCUCUGCAAGCGCUCUGGCAGGCCAUCACAGACGUUGGGGCAAUGCAUAACUCGGAAGUUCGAUAUCCUCCACCCAAGUGCUACCCAGAAACCCGAAAGGAAGUACGUCAGCUGCUUGCGAACGAAAUCGAUAGCCACGCUAGUUCUUGGGUGUGUUGGCUUUACGGAUCUGCUGACAUUGGGAAGUCAGCUGUGGCUCAGACGAUUGCUGAAGAUUGCGAACAAAGCAAGAAGCUCGUUGCCAGUUUCUUUUUCUCCCGCAUUCAUCCGAAACGGAACAAAGCCAUUUACGAAGUGUUAGGCCUUGUUCAGUAA